AUGUUUAUUGAAGAAUCGGCGGAAGAUCCCGACUCAGAUGUUAUGCCCGACGUUUUGAGGAAUAGCCAACCCCCUGCUGAUGGGGCUUCAUCGCUGCCGCUACCGCAUGUCUCUAGCGCACCCAGUCUGAACGCAGAUGUCGCCGAACCUGGUAAUCAAGACCAUUUGAUCACUCAAUUGGCUGGUUCUAGUCCAGACGAACGACGAACAAUAUCCUCUAUCAGCAUAUCUCCUAAACCUGCAAGUGGGCCCUCCCCGUUGCCCUCUGUCAGCACCUGGGCAGAGUUCUCACCUUCUUUGAGUUCUCUCAGCCCUCGCCAAAGCUCAAACUCGUCUAUGACGACGCGCGAAGCCUCCCUUCUCCGCUCGUUCAUUCAUGAUCUUUCCUCCAGGUUUGAUAUCUGCGACCAGAAUUCUCACUUCUCAAGCGAGAUCCCUCGGAGAGCACUUCAAGUCCCGAUGGUUAUGAAGGCAAUCCUAGCAUAUUCUGCUCGACAUGCGGCGAUCAUGUCCGGGUCCGAUGAUUGGGAGGCCUCAGAGUACCACAGUCAGUGCGUUGAGUUGCUUCUUCGGGCGCUUUCGAAAGCCGAAGGAUUUUACGACGAUAACAUAUUGAUUACGGUGGUGAUCCUGCGUGUCUAUGAAGAGUUGGAGCGGGCCACGGACGAAAAGUGCCACUGGCUGGGCUCUACUCGACUUCUGAAUACAAUGUCAAAAUCAGCAUCGUCUGGAGGCCUUGCGGAGGCUAUCAGCUGGCAAUUUCUUCGGCAAGCCAUAUAUGCUUGCUUGGUUGAAUACCAGCCAAUGCAACUAAAUCUAGAGAAUUAUGAGCAUUCUUCCGUGUUUCAACGAAUGGAUGAUGCCGCCUAUGCUAAUAGGAUAAUUUUCCUAUGUGCGAGAAUAAUUCAACUUCGCUCCGAGCCCAAUGCAUACAGCUUCAAUGAAGACGAUUGGCAGUACUUGUCCGACUGUGUUGAGCAGUGGUAUCGGGAAAAGCCCAUCAGCUGGCAGCCAUUGAAACAUCAGGAGGCCAAUGCUGGCGAAAAUAGACCUUUUCCAGAGCUGUGGUUGGUGUCCCCACCUGCAGUUGUCGGUUUACAAUACUAUCAUGCGUCUCGAAUCAUCCUUGCGACUUCAAAUAAGCACCAGGGAGUUGUAAACGACUUUGAGCGGGCUCGACUGAGGCGUAUAGAAGAGCAAACCAUCGCAUACCACCUUGUUAACGUGAUUGGAUUGUCAAGAUCCAAUGAAACAGUCGUCAACGCAUAUUUUAUGGGGUGCCAUCUAUUACAUCGUUACGGGUUUUGCCUUCGUCACCCGGCAGAGCAUCUGGGAUCCUUUGAGUUCCUAGAAUUUGUGGAAAAGAAAAUCGGCUGGCCGACAGCUUGGAUUGUCGGCCAACUAGAAGCUGAGUGGAAUGAGCUUCACGCCCUCGAUAAAACCUGGAGCCCACGUUUCUGA